AUGAGACACUUCAACGCAGAGAAGCGUUUGAUGUCGAUAAAGCGUAUCAGCCCUUCUCACCAUUAUGUUAUAUCACAAUACGCUCUUGCGCUGAGGACCAACAGCGACUUGAAAGAUCUGAUUCUCCUUGCUCCUCAGGCACCACCCAAGUACGCCUUCGAGUACGCCGUCAACGAUCCUCACGCCGGGAACCGCUUCGGCCACUCAGAAGCUCGGGACGGCUACAAGACCAGCGGCGAGUACUUCGUCCACCUCCCCGACGGCCGCGUCCAGACAGUCACUUACCACGCCGACGAGACUGGCUACUACCCCACAGUGCACUACAAGGGCGCUGCUGUAUACCCAAUCGCCCCUGCUUACCACGCGCCGGUCCCCACCUACCACGCGCCGGUCCCCACUUACCACGCACCAGUCUCUGGCCACCAUUAGACAAGCUUUUCCGAGUGUCAUCAUUCGAAUGAACAGCGGAAAAACAGCCGCAAAUGGUACAUGAUAAUAUAAAAAAACGAACUGCUGUUAGUAACUACGGUAGUCAAGAUUUUCCUUCAACUUUGUGCAAUUACCCCCGAUUUUCGGAGAACAAACAGGUUGUAAUAAGCAUACAACAGGUAGACCAUUUGGAUAAAUAGAACGAAAAUAAAAAUCAGAAUCGAAUGUA